CAACAUUUCAGCCGCAGUUUGGAGUCCGCCACAUAUAUCGAACCCGUCUAUUCUUACUUACCCAGCCGCUGGCCAAUCGCCGAUCUCGACGCCACCAGUUCCGGAUCUUAUCUCGCUCACCAUCUCGGACGACGAACAAGAGGAGAUCAGGGAAGAGUUAGAGGUAGAGGAAGCGAGAGAUCUGAAGCAGUUUUCUUGAAUGCUUUUCCUUCCAUCUCUCUUACCUUUUCUGGGUCUGAUUUGGUCGCUUUUGUGUUGAGUUGGGAGUUUGGAGUAAAAGGAGGAGAAUCUGAAGCCUUUUUUUGGUAAGAAAUAAUGCUUAGCAAGCUGCUCUUUGUUCGUUAGUUUGUCUCAGGCUUUUCUCCUUGUUUGGGACUUGAAGGGGACCAAGAGAAGAAAAGGAUCUUGAGAGUUAUCUGUGAUCGGCAGGAAAGAAGAAAGAAAUAGAGAAGAAUCGGAAACUAACUCGUGGUGGAAAGAAUGGCCGAGACGAGGCAGGGGGUGAAUCGGGGCAGGGAGACCACGGGAAGUGCCACCAACCUGGGGUUCUGGAUCCGGAGGGCUGCUUACCUAGCGUCGAGGACGGGAUCGAGAUCAACGCGUGUCCAGAGUGUGGUGUUCGCCACCGACGACAAGGAGAACGUCACCCCGUCGCGGGCAGCGCGACGCCGUGGCCGGACGAGGAAGAGUCCUCUGCCCGAGUGGUAUCCUCGUACGCCUCUCCGCGAUAUCACCGUCAUCGUCAAUGCUUUGGAGCGGAGAAGGAUGCGUGUAAGGGCUGCUGCUACGGCCCGGCAAAGGACCUCCGACCCUGAACCAGCAGCAGUUGAGAAGGGUCUCCUCGAUUCCUCUUCCAUCCCUGCAGCUGCCGGCAGUUCCUCCGUUUCUGCAACGGAGCAACCACCCCAGAUAUGUUCGUCUUCCAACGCCUCAUCUCCUAGGGAGGAUCCACCCGAUCAACCAACCGAAUACGAGAAGAACUUGGAGAUUUAUAUCGGUGAGAUGGAGAGGCUUGUGACGGAGAACCUGAAGAGGUCGCCGAUGCCGCCUGCGAAACGGGCCAAGCGCACUCUCAUCUCGAUGCGAUGAGCGGAAGAUUUCGUUUCCCCUUCUUAGCCACCACUCUCAUCUGCUUAGUCUCGGGCUGCUGCUGCUGAUGAUGAUGCUGCCAGUUUUGCGAGCAUGCGUCUCUAACCCAUGUAAAUAUGAGGCCGUCCCUCACCGCCUGCCUGAAGGGCUUCUCUUCACAGACUGUCAUUCCUCAGUAGCAAUAUUGGAUAGUGUCUUUUUAGUCUGAUAGAACAUGAUUUCAUUUCGCA